AAAAGAAAAAAAAAGGUCUUGCGGUUGCCACUCGUCAAUCUUCUUUCAACAAACAUAUCAAAUCCCCAAUUUUCUUCCAAACAACACAGUCUGUCUCUCACCGAUAUCGAUCUUCCCAAAUCCCAACCGACUGCCUCUCACCAUUGUGCGUAUUAGAUCUCACAGUUUGCUCGUUUUUCAUACAAAUUUGGAGCUUCACUGAUUUUGCAAAAUGAGCGUUUCGAUUUUGUGAUCUAGGUUGAAUCUCUAUGUAUUUGAAGGAUGAUUUUGCGGAGUUCUUUCACCAGUUGGAUGAAUCGUUUACUUGAUUGCAUGGGUCUUUGCUGUUUCUGCUGUUCCAAAUCGAGGCCAGUUAUUGCUGUCGAUGAACCAUCAAAGGGGCUUAGAAUUCAAGGACGAACAGUGACAAAACCUAGUCUCUCAGAUGAGUUUUGGAGCACAACCACAUGCGAUUUAGAUCAUGGUGCUGCAAUUCAGUCGCAGAAAACCACUUCAUCUAUCAGUAUCAGUACAUCGACUCAUAGUCUCAGCCACUUUGGUGGCACUGGAAGCAACAUCAUCGAGCCUGAAUUCAUAAAUCAUGGACUACUUCGGUGGACUCAAUUGAGACGUCAAUGGGUUGACCAUAAAAAGUCAAAGCACAGAACAAAAGCUCAAGAACCCGUUUUAAGGAAGGUGACAUACGAAAGCUUACUUGGCACUAGCAAAAACUUCCCUCGGUCCAUUCCUCUAUCCGAAAUGGUUGGAUUCUUGGUGGACAUAUGGGAGCGCGAAGGGUUGAAUGCGUAAAAUGUAAAAAUACUAAAUAGACUUUGCAAGUGGAUUCUUGGUUGAUGAUCUUUUGAUCAAAGAAAAACCGGGUUUUAUGUUGAUUUGAUGUAUGCAAAUCUUUUUCUUCCUUCAUGUACAUAAGUUUUUUUGAAUUUUAGCAAAUUAAGUUUGAGAAAAUGGAAGUGAAAAAUAGGUAAAUUUGAAUGUGAUUUGUAAAUAAGUGUUCUUGUAAUGAUUUUCCUUUUACAUUGAGAAGUGUUGAGGUAUAGAAUUAUAGAUUAUCGUUA